GUUACUAAACGCUCUACAGGGCUUAACUCCAUUGACGAUUUCUGCUUGUGGGGCCCUCCUACUCGUGAUACCAUUGGAAACUCGGAACGUAUCUCGAUCGCUUAUUGCACACACGGAAACCACGGAGCUCGUGUCAUGCCAGCUGGGACACUCACUGGUGUCCACUGGGUCAAGACUCCAGAAUACGUGCAAAUCACCGGAACUGGUGACUUCACCAAGAUCAACAUCCCACAGGGUGACGAUGGAGGAGAAUUGGACAACCACGGUCUUGUCUACGGAAAUGUUUUCGGGAGCCAGCAGCAGUUCCACGAAUGGUAUGCAAAUCUAUGUCCUUUGAAUUGCACGUUACUGAUGCUAAUCUUUAGGACCGAGUUCAUCUCUUACAACGAGUUCUGCAUUCGUGCCUGUGUCGGACCAAAUGCCCCCGUCAACUGCAACCACAUCUAUGAUGUCAUGGGGUUAGUUUCGUUUCAUAUUCUGUGCCUGUUUGUGGAAUGGCCACCCUGGCGAAUCCCCAUGAGGCGUUUCGAGAGUGGAACAAAAAAGCUGAUCGACUUUACAGAUGCUACUGGAACAUGCCAGCUAGCUAUUCUUCUGGUGUCUUUGAAUCUUGCGACGGUGCCGUCGGUGAACCAAUGGGAUUGUACGGAACUUCUCGCUGGUACCAAGUCGGAACUGGAAGCUAAAUUGAUGCGACCUAGAACAUAUAGGCGGUUCAAAGCGAAAGCUACCACGGCAACCCAAAACAUAAAGAGCUAUACCAGUCAAAAAGCGGAAGUAGAUAGCUCAAUAACCAGUGAGAUGAAUGUUAAAGUUGAAGGAUUAUAUGUGGCACUUGUCAAGGCCACCUUAUGUGAGUACUGA